AUGCUCGGCGACCGCAGACUUCCACCUAGGUGGUACAAGCCGAAUGCAGCGUACUUUCUCAUCGACUGUUUCUCUCGGCACUUGCAUCCUCUUGAAGAAAGCCGUUUCCACAUCGCGCACGCCGCUGGUACAUGGGAUAGAAAGGAAAUCACAAGCCAUUUUGAAGACAAUAAGGUACUUUGCGCGGCCAACUUUGAGCCACUACUGCCACGGAUCAUCCAUCAACUGCUGGUUGUCAAAGUACUGCCGGAGCUUUCUUCUGCGCUUCUGCUUCUUGCAACCCCUGUUGUCAGUGAGGCGACUUUGAAACAAGUCGCUCUCGUUCAACUCGAGGCCAGUCACUCAGUGGAGGGCCCGUUGGGCUUGUAUAUUAUCUGGCCGACACUGUUGAUCAUCAUCGCCUUCCUGUCGUCGAAGUCACUGCUUUGGCUCAUGAUGCAGGACUGUGUGGAAGAGGCAAAGCAGGUCAUCUUCAGGCUGCAUUCGACAAAAGGAGACGAUACGUUUGCGACUCAAGAUUUCGACGAGACCAAGCGACAUACGGCUAUUGAUCAGAAGUUGGAGACCGCUUGGCUUUCAAUGUUCAUGAAGGCAUCGUACCGUCGCCGUGUCGCUAUCACCUGCUUCUACUGCUUCCUCGGCCAGUCGACUGCCAUCCUCGUCAUCAACAACUACGGUCCCACCUUCUAUGCCGCUUUUGGCUUUGAUGUCAGGCAGACACUCCUCUUGACGGCGGGCUGGGUCUCAGUCUCGAUCCCCUUCUGGCUGAUUGGCGCCUUCCUAUCGGACAUUAUUGGUCGCGGGCCUAUCAUGCUGAUCGGUAUCGGCGUAAUCAUCGAGGCUGCCGCAGUUCGAUACUUCGAGAUGGACCCAACCAGAAAGGGCCUCGGUGCUCUCGGCGUCACAAUCCUGUUCUGCUUCAACGCUGUCUACCAGCUCGGUGUUGAUGUUGGCGGCAACGUCUUCUACAGUGAGGUGUUCCCUAACCAGAUUCGAUCCAAGGGUGUGGUGCUGGUCUUUAUCAUCAUCUCUGGACUGGGCUGGAUCGUCCUCUACUUCGUACUGCCUGAGACUCUUAGUAUGCCAUUGAAGAGCGUGGCGAAGUUGUUCGGCGACGAUCCGGCUACCAUCGCGGCGCUUUCGGAAGGGUCUGCGCACGAGGUCCGAUUUCACGAGAUGAAGUCGGAGAGAAGCGAGGUUUAG